UUCAUGGACAUAAUGUCCAUGCUCUUUUCCCAUAUAAACAUAACCUCUCUUUAUUUGUGUUUCAAACUUUUUCAAAACUUAGUUUGAACAUUUAUUUUGUGUUUUUUUAAUGGUUCAUGUGAAAUUAUUGAAAAGGGAACAUGUUCGCUUUAUUGAGCGAAUUAAAAUUGUGGACCUUAGAUGAGAAUAUUAGUAUUAAGGAUACGGAUUUCGGAGCAUUUAGAUAUUAUGAUAAACGAGUCGAUAAUUUAUAUGAAGAAGGCAAGCGUUCCUAUUGUGAAACACGAGGAAUGGUUUACGCCCCACAAAACAAGAAAGGAAUCAAGCUAAAAGAUUCGCUCAAAUAUUUGGAGGAGCAACUAAAAGCUCAUUCGACAAUAUAUUGCCAAUGGAACGAUCAUUGUACAGUCAGUUUAAUGCUUGGAUCUGGUUUAUUCAUUUAUAUACAAAUAGGUCUUCAAUCGGGUGAUAUAGAAAAAAUAGUUUUUGAUAAGUAUCUCGUUGGAAAAGUCUCCGAUCACAUAUCUGAUGUUUUAAUAACGAAAAACCACGUGAUUUGUACUUACAAUGACAGUCAAGUGACUCUGGUGCACUUUACAAAAUCAAAAAGGCAUCUUUUCGAUAAAAUAAGUCGUCUCGAGCCGAAAAUAAAUACCUUUGAGCUUUGCGGCCCAAGUGGACGCAGACUUGAUAAAAAAAUUCAGCUCAAUCGUUCCGGCGAUUUAGUAUUAAUCUGGUGGAAAUCGACAAUGAAUGAAGUUUAUCCCUGGAGUCCCACGGUAAAAGAGCACGAUCGAGCAAACGUGCAAAUUUACAGACUAACUGGGACAAAAAUGGAGUUGAUAUGUUAUCUGCGGACGGAGUUCGAUCCUCUUUGUAUAACAUUCAAUACUUUUCAUGAAAAUGUAAUUCACUCGGUGGAGCAAAAAGUUUCUCGAAAGGGUGAAGUUACGAUCGAAUGGCGAACCUACGAAGUUUCUCAACAAGACAAAUUGCAACGGAUCGCUGUAGUUUCAGUUCCACUACCAACUCACACAAGUUGUGUAAAAUUUUCCCCGAAUCAGGAAAUGUUGUUACUUUGUUGCAUUGAUGGUUCUAUGACGUUACAUGAUCAAUCCAAAGGCACCAGUAACACCGUUAAAGCAGCUUUUAUUCCGACACACGCCAGUUGGCACGGCGAUGGGACAAUUUUUUCAGUUGGAAAUGAAAGAGGACAAUUUCAACAUUUCGACAUUGCCCUCUCUUGUAUAAAAAAUCAAAUGUUAAGCGAGGAAGCCACACCGACAAAUAUUCUGGACCUUUCCUCCUAUUUCAGAAAUCAACCAGCUCUUUUACGAAUGGAAUGGAGCAUAGUGCCAGAUUCAGGAUCGGCCAUGGACUAUUACAAAGCAGGAGAUGCUCUCUUUUUAUUACUAUUUGAACGAGGUCCUUUGGGGGUUAUAAGAAUAAUCGAAGGAAGUAAUUUUCCUGGAGAUGUCCUUGUCGAGAAAUAUUUAGGUUCGGGUCAAGUCGACCGAGCGGCUUCGCUCUUGCUUUUUAUGAAUUGGGACACUCAUCCUCAAAUUUGCAUGCAUUCUCUCAAUCAGAUUGUCAACUACCUCUUCAAAUUGCCUCUCACCUCGGAAAGAGAAGAUUUGAUUCAAAAAACUUUGGGGUGUUUUCAUGUGCCUCUUAGGCCCAUCAGUCAAGCCGUAGAAGAUCGAUACGGAGAUGAAGUUAGAGACCUCACGAGAAGAUUUUUUCAUCAUCUUUUAAGUUGGGCGAUGCCACCCAAGGAAAUAAAAGUAAAGCGUUUUAAGCCAAAAAGUGAUGCUGUCGAGGCGGAAUAUCAUCUUAAUUUAUACGAAAGAAAUGUUAAAAUUUCGAACGCCUCGAAUACAAACUUGCCAAUUCUUGUGAGAAUUUUGGAAGCUUCUUUGCCAAUGGGAAUGCUUUUAAAUGUUGAGCAUUACGAUCCCGAAAAGGAACUGAAACGUUACGUUCCCGACACGGAAAUGAUUAGCUUGAAAUCGGAACUCCAGGAACAACCCUGCCAAUUAAUUCACCAAGAUUUCAGGUAUUUAACAAAAAAAAAUGCAAUUGCAGAUUCAACCUGUUCGCGAACCUCGUGCUCGCUCUGUUCAAACUCAAGCGAAAAAGAAGACUCCUACACGGAAGAAUCCGAAACCGAAGAGACUCCCAAAAAAGAAAAAUUCGAUUUUACACUCCCGAAAAAUCCCGAAAAAUCCUCCAGUCAAGCGCCUCCUCUUCCGGUUCUCCCUCCUCCUCUUUACAGUAACAGCAACUUCGUCAGUACUUCGUUCAAGGAAGUUCCAAGCCUCGAAAAAUCUGAGGGAAACCUGAUGUCGACGGCCUUCAAUCUUCCAACCUAUUCCCCAGGAUCGUUCAAUAAUCUCAUCCACUUAAAUUCGAACGUUCCGCAAACUCCCUUGAGCAAAACUCACUUCUCUCAGUCACUCACGAACGUCGAGGGACUAAUUCCCGGAUUCGGGAGUCUCAAUCUCCAUCCCAAGGGAUUUAAUUAUUCUCUGGAAGCUUUCGGGAAUCCCCCUUUCGCAAAAAGCUCCUUUCAAGAAGAAACCUUUGAAAACCCGGCGGGAAAAGGGGCAUUUGGUAAGGACAACAGUCAGGAAUCCUCGACUUCCUUUUCCGUUCCUCCUUUCGAGAAUCCGGACAUUCUUUCCCCUAAUUUGCCCUUUGCCGGCAAACAAAAUCCGAUCGGAUUGUUUUCCAAGCCCGGAAGUUCUCUUUUUUAUAAUUCCGGAAGCAAUCUGAUGUCGACUUCGUUCAACGAUCCGGAAGAGGAGGAAGAGAGUCCGGAAAGUAAUCGGAAAAUAAAUCCCUCGCAGGUUUUUCAAACGAUUGAACAGAAAAAGAGACUUUCUCCUUUCGACAUUCCGCCACCGCCGCAGAUGUCGAGCAAUCUUGCGAAUUAUAUUCAAAGUUUGCCGAAAAAAAAUUUCCCACUCACGAGAAGCACUCCGGGUUUGACGGAAAUGGAGGAGACGGUAUUGAGAAUUCAAAAUUCGAGGCCAAUUGCUAAAUCGACGCAAAUUGUUCAAAAGCAGAGCUCAGUCUCGAAUAUUUUGCAGAACCAGCACCGGAGUAAAUUCCAGUCGACGAGAAAUUAUAGACUGAAUUAUGAUCUUAAUUAUGUUCCGUUUAGCGGAAGUUGCGACAAUAUUAGUUCGCCGAAAAAUAUUUAUCCGGGGAAAAGUUACGCGACGGUCAAGGAGAGACAGUUUAGAAUUGGCCAAGGGAUUGCUAAAGAGGGGAAAAAGUCUUCCAAUGUUCCACCAUUGCCAGUUAUUAAUCCGGUUAAUUAUAAAAAUUCGCCGGAAGUUGCUACCACGUCGAGCGAGAAGCCGAAGGUCAAAUUUUCGGACACGGUCACGCACAUUUUGGUACCUGGGAGUAAUUCCUGA